GAAAUCUGACGCGUUUUUCGCAUUUCCUGCAGCAAGAGAGCCGGAGACAGCAGUCUCGUUCCGGGGGGGAGGCAUCCAGAGGUCUGUCCACGGGAAGUCAACAUCAGCACGGCAGUGGCUGAAACCAGGCCGUGCACCGAGGACCAGGAACCUCCCUUUACAUCCCCGUGAUCCGCCCCUCCUCUGCGGCUCUCUGCUCGCUGCAGUCCCGCUGAAACACCCCAUACGCACCGGUCCUCUGGAGCCUCAAAACCCGGCACACGGUGCGAUGAAACCCGGGCUUAAUUCUUCCAGGGAGUCCCGUUGCUGCAGUGUUUUUUAACAAGGAUACACAUCUGGGGCCUUUUGCGCGUUUGUUGUUGUGGCUGUGCACGUCUGAGAAAUGUUGCCCCUGGUUAUCUGUUGCUGCAGAUCAUUUGUUUGGGAUAUUUGCAGCAUUUUUUGACAAGUGUAAGGGGAGUGCAAGACGCUAACUCUGAGGAAAACAAGUUUUAAAUGUGGAUUUCUCUCCGUUUGUAUUCCACUGGAAGGAUUUCUGCCUGCAGGACCACCGGUCUAAACGCUAACUCUGAUUAAAAACAGUUUUUGGAGGAGGUAUAUUUGGAUUUUUCUGCGUUGUAUUCCAAGAGGAGCACCGGUCAAAACGCUUUCUGAUGAAAACAUGUUUGCAAAUGUGGAUUUUACUGCGUAAUUACUGCACUGUAAGGAUUGCUGCCACAGUGUUUUUUCUGGAUAACCCUGGGUGUGUUUCCACUGUAAACAAGUUGUAAGCAGUAGUGUUUUUGGAGAUCCUCUGCCAUGGUGAUCUUCAACGGGCAGCUGAAGAUCCGGAUCCGCGAGGCUCUGGAUCUGAAGCCCACGGCCUGGUCUCUGCGUCACGCCGUCGGCCCGAAGACCCAGAGCUUCCUCCUGGACACGUACAUCGCCCUGAACGUGGAUGAUUCCCGCGUGGGGCAGACCUCCACCAAGCAGAAGACCAACAGCCCGAACUGGAACCAUGAGUUCUGCACGGAGGUGCACGAGGGCCGGAGGCUCGAGCUCUCCGUGUUCCACGACGCGCCGAUCGGAUGCGACGACUUCGUGGCGAACUGCAUCAUCCAGUUUGAAGACAUCCUGCACAGCGGGAGCAAGCACUUCGAGAACUGGGUCGACUUGGAGCCGGAGGGGAAGGUGUUUGUUGUUAUCGACCUGUCAGGCUCUUCCAGUGAAGCUCCAGCAGGCUCCAGUGAGAAUGAGGAGCGUGUCUUCAGGCAGCGUCUCGGCCCCAGGAAGCGCCAGGGUGCCGUCAGGAGGAGAGUCCACCAGGUCAACGGACACAAGUUCAUGGCAACGUUCCUCAGACAGCCCACCUACUGUUCUCACUGCAGGGACUUCAUCUGGGGCGUCUUAGGAAAACAGGGCUACCAGUGUCAAGUUUGCACCUGUGUGGUCCAUAAACGCUGCCAUGAACUGAUCAUCACUAAGUGUGCAGGGAUGAAGAAGCAGGAGGACACAGUGGAGGAGCCCGUUGGUUCUCAGAGGUUCAGCGUCAACGUUCCACACAAAUUCAGGAUCCACAACUUUAAAGUCCUGACGUUCUGCGAUCACUGUGGUUCUCUGCUCUGGGGUCUGCUGAGGCAGGGGCUCCAGUGUAAAGUGUGUAAAGUGAACGUGCACAGGCGCUGUGAGAGUAACGUUGCCCCUAACUGUGGAGUCGACGCCAAAGCAAUCGCUAAAGUCCUCUCUGACCUCGGAGUGACGCCGGACAAAAUCUGCAACAGCGCUCUGAGGCGGAAAAAGCUGCUGCAGAGUCAGGAGUCCCGACCUCAGAUAUCCGGGACGACAGAGACUGAAGACGAUCGUUCGAGGUCGGCUCCAACCUCCCCAUGUGACCCGGAUGUGAAGGAGCUGGAGAACAUCCGGAAAGCUCUUUCCUUCGAUCACAGGGGGGAAGAACAUAAGAAACACUCCCUCUCCUCCCCCCAAUCUGUGGACACGGUGACGGAGGGGAGUCAUGGAGGAGCCGGAGGAGAACGGGAGAACGGAGACCUCAAACGUCAUGUUCCGGAAAUGAAACGGCUGAAUUUGCACGACUUCCUGUUCAUCAAAGUCCUCGGGAAGGGAAGCUUCGGGAAGGUGAUGCUGGCGGAGCUGAAAGGCAGCGAUGAGGUCUACGCGGUGAAGGUCUUGAAGAAAGACGUGAUCCUGCAGGACGACGACGUGGACUGCACUCUGACGGAGAAACGCAUCCUGGCCCUCGCUCGGAAACACCCGUGCCUCACCCAGCUGUUCUGCUGCUUCCAGACCAAGGACCGCCUGUUCUUCGUGAUGGAGUACGUGAACGGAGGCGACCUGAUGUUUCAGAUCCAGAGAUCGAGGAAGUUCGACGAGGCCAGAUCUCGUUUCUACGCCGCCGAGGUCACGUCCGCUCUGAUGUUCCUGCACCGGCACGGAGUCAUAUACAGAGACCUGAAGCUGGACAACAUCCUGCUGGACGCCGAGGGUCACUGCAAGCUGGCUGAUUUUGGGAUGUGUAAAGAGGGAAUCCUGGAGGGAGUCACCACCACCACCUUCUGUGGGACGCCUGAUUACAUCGCUCCUGAGAUCCUCCAGGAGCUGGACUACGGGCCCUCGGUGGACUGGUGGGCUCUCGGGGUCCUGAUGUACGAGAUGAUGGCGGGCCAGCCUCCGUUUGAAGCCGAUAACGAGGACGACCUGUUCGAGUCCAUCCUCCACGACGACGUGCUGUACCCUGUGUGGCUCAGCAAGGAGGCCGUGUCCAUCCUCAAAGCGUUCAUGACGAAGAGUCCUACUAAGCGUCUGGGCUGCGUCCCGGCUCAGGGUCUGGAGGAGGCCAUCAAGAUGCACGUGUUCUUCAGAGAGAUCGACUGGACGCUGCUGGAGCAGAGGAAGAUCAGACCUCCGUUCAAACCUCGCAUCAAAACCAAAAGGGAUGUGAAUAACUUUGACCAGGACUUUACUCGUGAGGAACCCAACCUGACGCCGACAGAAGAAAACAUCAUCAAGCAGAUCAACCAAGAUGAGUUCAAAGGGUUCUCCUACUUUGGAGACAAAACUGUGGACUAGACACACACACACACACACACACACACACACACACACACACACACACACACACACACACACACACACACACACACACACACACACACACACACACACACACACACACACACACACACACACACACACACACACUACACUGACAAAACCUACAUACACACAGCAUCUUUAAAGAUAUCAUAUUUAAAGAAACACAGCCUCCUGAACUUUUCCAGAUAAUGAAGUCUCCAGGAAUUAUACUAGACCAUCUGUAUCUCUUAAAGGUUACUUGUUGUUUGUCUAUUCGUGCAACUAUAUGCUCACGCAGCAUGUGAGUGCAGACAGAAAGUAAAUACGUGUGUGUGUGUGUGUGUGCGCGUGUGUGUGUGAGAGAGCAAUAAUGUAAGUGUAAAGGUGCAUGCAUGCAUAGUUGCAUACCUGUAGAAAGACGUGUUUGUCUUGUGUCUCCGUGUUUUAAAAUAAUGUUUUUGUUCACUCAACUUGUAUGCGAAUAAAAAAAAAAUGGAACCAAUGAUUGUAUUUAAAGAAAAAAAGAAAGGAGAUGUCAAAAUGAGUUGGAAGAUGUUUUUUUCCCGGGUGAAAUCACGAUUGAAUUCGGAGUUUUAUGAAUGUUUUUAUUUUGAAAUGUAGUAUUAAAACUGUUAGGUAAAGAAGACGCACCACGAAGCGACUUCCUGACGCAUUUAGAAUUCUUAGUUUGGUUGUAUCUCAUCAAGGUUAUGUGCACUGUUUUCCUUCUGUCUUCAAAUGUUAGCUUGUUAGCAUGUUCCCAUUCUUCACAAGCCAAAUGCUACACUUAGCCGUCAGCUAAAGGACCUUUAAGACCAGGUGACAGGAAGUGGUCAAAUGCUCACUCAUUUCUGGGUUUUAGGACUCAUUCCUGCACCACUCUGUUCACAAGCCCCUUUAACGUGUGUCUUGAUGUUUGACAGUGGGACAUUUUGUCCAAUGAAGCCAAAAAUAAUGAACUAAAACCUAAAAAUGUCAAAGGAGCCCUUUAAAAAAAUGUACUGAAACUCUCUCUUCAGCAAAAUGUCUCCAGAUCCUUACAACCCUUCAUGACCACUAACUCAUUGAAAUGCCCUCUGUGUGUGUGUGUGUGUGUGUGUGUGUGUGUGUGUGUGUGUGUGUGUGUGUGUGUGUGUGUGUGUGUGUGUGUGUGUGUGUGUGUGUGUGUGUGUGUGUGUGUGUGUGUGUGUGUGUGUGUGUCACUGUGUUUAUGGUCGCUAUACUGGACCUACAGUCUCUGAUUCCACAUGAGAGUGUUGAGACGUACAUUCAACAGAGGUCAGUGUGAACACAUGUGACUGUGUGUGUGUGUGUGUGUGUGUGUGUGUGUGUGUGUGUGUGUGUGGGUGUG